AGCGUGGUUACGUUGCCUUGAAAACCAGGCGCUACUUUCCUUAAAGAAACAGCAAGUGCUAAAUGCGCUAUAAAUAUACUGGCUGGAAGGUAGAAGCUGCAGUUUGGAAAAUGGAGGGUGCAAUCAUCAGCUUGACCGAGGGCGCCGUGCGAGGCCUCCUGUGCAAGCUCGGCGGCCUCCUCGCGCAGGAGAGCUGGCCGGUGCAGCGCCUCCACGGCGAGGUCCAGUACAUCAAGGACGAGCUCGAGAGCAUGACCGCCUUCCUCCGUAGUCUGGCCGAAUCGUCCGACGGCCACGACGACCAGGUCCGGGUCUGGGUGAAGCAGGUGAGGGAGAUCGCCUACGACGCCGAGGACUGCAUCGACGACUACGUCCGCGGCCGCCAGCCGUUCGACAGGGACGGCGGCGCCGUCAUGGCGUCCCUCCGCCGCUUUGUCCGUCUGCUCGCCACGCUAGGAUCAGGCGGUGGUGGUCGCCGUCACCGGCGCAUGGCGGCCCAGCUCCAAGAACUGAAGACUCGCGCCAGGGACGCCGGCGAGCGGCGUUCCAGGUACGGGGUGCUGCCGCCAAAGACGGCGCUCGGGCGUGCCAGCAGCCACGCGUCCAGCUCCGGCGUCUCCGGCCGCCUGGACCCGCGGCUGCACGCCCUCUUCACCGAGGAGGCGCAGCUGGUGGGCAUCGACGGGCCGAGGGACGAGCUCGUGGGCUGGCUGAUGGAGGACGACGCGCGGCUCCGGGUGCUCGCCGUCGUCGGGUUCGGUGGGCUCGGCAAGACCACGCUGGCGAGGAUGGUGUGCGAGAACCCGCGGGUGAAGAGCGCUGACUUUCAGUGCUCCCCGUUGCUCAUCGUGUCGCAGACGCUAAACGUCAGGGCGCUGUUCCUGCACAUGCUCAGGGAACUGAUCCAGCGGCCGCGCCUGGCUGCCGGCGACGAUACCAUGGAUGAUAGCUUGCACGGGGCGGAGAGCUGGGAAACGGCGCUGCUGGCCAACAAGCUCAAACUUUACCUGCAAGACAAAAGGUACAUUGUGAUUCUUGAUGACAUAUGGACUUCAUCAGCAUGGGAGAACAUCAGAUGUGUGUUUCCUAACAAUGAAAAAGGAAGCAGAAUUAUAGUGACCACCAGGAACGAGGAUGUCGCUAAUACAUGUUGUUGUCAUUCCCAAGAUCGGAUUUACAAAAUUCAAUGCCUAUCUGAGAUUGCAUCACGUGAGCUAUUCUUCAAGAGGAUCUUUGGCUUAGUAGAUGGAUUGCCAAACAAUGAGUUGGAAGAAGUUUCAAAUGUCAUACUCAAGAAAUGUGGGGGGUUACCAUUAGCCAUAGUCAGCAUUGGUAGCCUUCUCGCUAGCAAACCAAACAGAACCAAACAAGAGUGGCAGAAGGUUUCUGAUAACUUGGGCUCUGAACUUGAAAUAAAUCCAACUCUGGAAGGGACAAAGCUAGUCUUAUCUUUGAGUUACAAUGAUCUGCCAUACCAUCUGAAGGCUUGCUUCUUGUAUCUAAGUAUCUUUCCUCAAAAUUAUGUGAUCAAGAGGGGACCUUUGGUGAGAAUGUGGAUAGCCGAAGGAUUUGUCACCGCAAAACAUGGACUUAGUAUGGAGGAGGUUGCUGAAAGAUACUUUGAUGAGUUCGUCGCCAGAAGCAUGGUGCAUCCUGUGAAAAUUGAUUGGAGUGGUAAGGUGAGAAGCUGUCGAGUUCAUGAUAUAAUGGUUGAAGUCAUCAUGUCCAAGUCACUUGAGGAGAACUUUGCAUCCUACUUCUGUGAAAAUGGAACCACACUGGACUCCCAUGACAAAAUCCGGCGCCUCUCCUUCCAGAGCAGUAGCCACUUAGUGCAGAGAACAAGUGCUAGUGUAGCUCAUGUUCGCACAUUUAGAAUGUCACCUUCCAUGGAGGAAAUCCCAUUCUUCUUCGCACACUUGCGGCUGUUAAGAGUGUUGGAUAUGCAAGGCAGUAGCUGCUUGAGCAACAAGGAUUUAGACUGUAUCUGUAAUUUUUUCCAACUGAAAUACCUAAGCCUCAGAAAUACCAGUAUUUCCAAAUUGCCGAGAUUCAUAGGUCAUCUAAAUUACUUGGAGACACUAGAUAUCAGAGAAACACUUAUCAAGAAGCUACCAAGUAGUGCCAAGAGCCUGGUACGUCUGAAGCAUUUGUUAGUUGGACAUAAGACACAUCUUACUAGGACAGGUAGUGUGAAGUCCUUCAGAAGAUCCUCUGGUCUAGAAAUGACACCUGGGGUUCUCAUGAACAUGGCAUCCCUUCAAUCAGUAUGCCAUAUAGAGAUAAAAAAGGACCCAUCAGUGUUCCAGGAGAUAAGCUUGUUAAGAAAUCUAAAGAAGCUGAAUGUUCUCUUCCAUGGGGUAGAGGUAAACUGGAAACCUUGUCUGGAAUCAUUAAGAAAUUUGCCAGGCUCUGUGCGCUCGCUUUCCAUUCAAAUAUUUGAUGGAGAUGGAAGCAUCUCAUCGGAGGAAAUGCUAUCUUCAGUGGAGUCACCCCCUCUCUUGGUUACAAGCUUUGGCCUGACGGGCAAGCUGGAGCGCUUGCCUCUGUGGGCAGCAUCACUUAGAAACGUCUCGACGUUUACUCUUCGCAACAACGGGCUCCACGCUGACGCCAUAGACGUCCUUGGAGAUCUGCCAAGUCUGCUCUGCCUCAAGCUGUAUCACAAAUCAUAUGCCGAUGACUGCCUCAUAUUCCCGCAAGGUAAAUUUUUGAAAGUCAAGCUAUUGGUUAUUGACAACUUGGAGAACAUUGACAAGGUGUGCUUCAAGGAUGGUUCUGUGCCGUGUCUUGAAAGGCUUACAUUGUCAUUCCUACAGGAACCCAAGCACGGGAUCUCUGGUCUUGAGAACCUUCUGAAGCUGAAGGAGAUAGAGUUCUUUGGAAACUUAUCCUUAACCGUGGUGACUAAAGUGGUGUCCUCUGUGAAGACAUAUGUAAAUCGUCCCAGAGUAAUAGGUGACAAAGGGAACAUUGUGACAGAGUAUUCUUAGGAAGCAAAUAAAGUUUGGUGUAUCUUGCUAGCGCAUUGAAAGGUCACGUGUUGGUACUAAGUCGAGACUCUUCACUUCACAGGUAAUAAUUCUUUAGUAGGUAGCCUGCAGGGCAGCAUAUUUUGUGCAUGUACAUAUACUCUUCUGAUUUUAAGCGAGUUGUAGUGUUGCUAGUUUCAUCUGCACAUUAUGAUUACUUGGUUGAAUCUGUGCAGGCAUUUGACGAUGGCAUCCUGUCUGUCAGCGCUGGAGUACUAUAUAGUGUGGUUAAGCUGCUGCGAAGGCCGGAGUGGAAUGGAACUGAAGUGGCUGCCACCUGCCAGUAAGCUCUGCUCCGACCAUAUGUAUGUGCCCGCCUUUUGAUUAUCUAGUGUAUAUGACGUAAAGGGGCUGCAGUACGGUGCACUCCUGUUCGCUCCUGAUCGUAUAUGCUCCCCACAGUUUUCUCUAACAUGCUUGCGAUUCUGUGUUCUGACUAGGAACUUUUUUCUAGUCAUGCGUACCACUAUUUUAGCAAUUUUAUCGAUAGUUCUGAUCUGACCGUGACCAAGCAUCUGCCACUUAGGAGUACUUGUUUAAGCCAUGAAUCUUUUAAGAGACUUUUGUGUAGGGAAAGAUCGUGCCACUACGAGUGGGAUGAUUCCACUCACAGUACUGGGACAACGUCGAAGCACAACAUAAACAUCUUUGCCCCCUGGGCAGCAUCGACUGUACAUCAAAAUCCAGUGACUCUCUCCUGAUCCAUCAAACUUUAGUUUCAAUGUUCCUCUACUUGUUACAGCAAACACAACAUAAACAAUGAUGACUGUGAUCCCAAGAACAAACGCAACGGAUAUAUGUAUCCAGUCCUGAAAUAGGUGACCAAACAAAAAUACAUGAGGGCCCAGUCCACCUAUAAGAGCAUUAUUCCACGAGAAAUAAUACAUGAGAAGCAGCUUUAAAAUCCAGUAAAAAAUGGUUAACUAAAUUAGUAAUGGAUAUGCCAACAUGUCUUGGACAUUGCAUUCUUAACAAAUACUCCCUCCAUCCCAAAAUAAGUGACUCAACUUUGUACUAACUUUAUACUAAAGCUAGUACAAAGUUGAGUCACUUAUUUUCGGAUGGAUGGAGUAUCAUGUUAAAUCAAGGUUUAUAUAUGUAUUGUAUUCCUCUAGUGUUUGAUGAAGUAUAAAUAUCCAUACUGUAAUAUCAAUUAGGAAGAAAACACGGCUUGAUGUAACACCUUGAUGAUGAUGAUGAUGAUGAUUUAUGUAAGCCUACUCAAUUUAUUUGUAUAAUUUAUUGCUUUGUAAUGCUUUUACAAAACAGGAUGUCCCGGGGCUCUAAAUUCAUGUAGAGUAUCCUUUAAGAAUAAUUUUAAGAGCUUAAAUUCCUUUUGAUCUGCCAACUGUUUUGUUGCAUAACCAUGGCAUCUUGGCCUUUUAGCAUAAGAUUUUUUUUAGAAAGGAGUUUGAAGAAGGGGAGCCUUGGCGCAGUGGUAAAGCCGCUACCUUGUGACCAUCAGGUCACGGGUUCAAGUCCUGAAAACAGCCUCUUACAGAAAUGUAGGA